AUUGCUUGUAGGUGCAAGGGGCGUUUCUUUAGAGAAAAGAUUGGGAAGGUUAAACAGAUAGAACGACUGCAUGUACUGAAGUGAAUGUUUUGUGCGCUCAAAUAGGAUUUAACUCCAGAUUUCCCGACAAUGAUUUAUUUUAAUGAACUCUUUCACAAGUCGACGCUGAUCUUAUUUAUUGUCAAAAUUUCUUGGUGUCAGCACAACCCUGCGAUUUGUGUCCCCCAAAGUGGAAAUCCUGGUCCAUCUCCGCCUGAAUCGUUGGAUAGUUACUCAACAAAUAUUCAAAUCAAUUACAUGAAUAAUAUGAUUUCAGAGGAGGUUAUUGAAUCUAUUGACAGAAACAAAAGAAUGGCAACUACUGAAUUCAUUUCCGGUGGUGAAAGAUUUAAAUACAUUUACAGUAUGAACGAGGAAGUUGUAUUGCGUAUACAUUCCAAUUCGUAUG